AUGGAUUAUGAAAUAGAAGCAGAUGCACCUAGAACCGAUCAAAAUUAUAUCCUAUAUAUACCUAUCGUUUUAGAUCAAAUAGUAAAAAUGAAUAAAAAGGAAGGAAGAAUAACAAGUUUUCAUGCUUCAAAAGUUCCUGAAAUAUCAAUAAAGAAUUAUGUAGAAAGAAUAGGAAAAUACAUUGGAUGUAGCAAUGAAUGCUUUGUUUUAUUAAUGAUAUAUGUAGAUCGAAUAAUCAAAUUACAUAAAGAUAUUACUUUGUCUUUAUUAUGUAUUCAUAGAAUAAUUAUAACUGCUGCUAUGAUAGCUGCCAAGUUUUUUGAUGACUUGUAUUAUUCAAAUUCUUUUUAUGCGAAAGUAGGUGGUGUAACAACAAAAGAAUUAAAUAAAUUAGAAGCACAUUUUUUAAAUCUUCUUGAUUAUAAAUUAUUUGUUUCUUCACAAGAAUAUGACUUUUAUAGAAAAUAUAUUUCUUUAUCAGUUCAAAAAUUCUUAAAUAAUAAAAAAAUUACCCGUAUUCCAAUUCCUAAACCUUAUAAUUUAUUUAACUAUACAGCUCCUGAUAGGUCUAGUAUGUUCCUUAAAAACGAACAUAAUGUUGAUUUAGAUAUGAACAAAUUUUCAAGAAUAUCACACAAGAAAAAAAAUUAUCAAUUCGAUAACAAAUAA